AAUUAUUUUCAGGAUCUGAUCUAGACUCUUUAAAAUGGUUUUGCACAAGCUGAGCUAAUGCAUGCCAGGUGGGCAAUGCUGGCUGUGGCAGAAAUACGCGUACCAGAAUUGCUUGAGAGGCUGGGUUUAAUUGAGAACUUCACAUGGUAUGAUGCCGGUGCUCGAGAAUACUUUGCAGACCCUACAACCUUGUUUGUAUUGCAAAUGGCAUUGACGGGUUGGGUUGAAGUCAGAAGGUGGGCUGAACUGAUUAAGCCAAGGAGUUUAGACAUUCAACUGAAACUUCCUAACAAGAACCCAACGCCUGAUGUUGGAUACCAAGGUGGGUUAUGGUUUGACCCGAUGUGCGGAAGAGGGUCCUCAGAACCAGUGGUGGUGUUGAGGACUAAACAGAUCAAGAAUGGGCGUAUUGCUAUGCUAGCAUUUUUUGGCGUCUGCUUCCAAGCUAUCUAUACCGGCAAAGGCCCUAUUUAGAACUUGAUGGUUUAUAUUGCAGACCCCAGUCCCUGCAACAUUUUUCGGCACUGCUCUUCUCCUGGUUAGAAAUCAAAUUAAAUUAUUCAACUGGGAAAUAUUUAUUAUAAUAUGAAUUUUACCACAUUCCAUUUAGUUGAGCCUAUGGCAACUAAAGUAAAGCUGCCAAUGGGAGUAGGAUUGAUAUAUGACAUUACAUGUU